AAAACAGUCCCACGUAAUAUAUAUUCAGGAACGAAAAGAUAACACUUUUCGAAUGAUAUGGUGUUAAAAAUCCAUGAAAAAUGGCUUCUGUUAAUCCCGAUGUGGUACAAAAAUUAAAAAACGCACAGAAACUGCCAAUAAGACAAGACGGUGAUGGACAUGAAAUCGAGGUACGCGAAGAUGAAGAACAGUCGAUCAAAUUUCAAGAAAUUAUUGAUCUCCUCGUGGCUGCCGGGUAUUUUAGAGCCAGAAUAAAGGGACUGUCACCAUUCGAUAAAGUAGUUGGAGGCAUGACUUGGUGCAUUGAGUCAUGUAACGUUGAUGUGGAUGUCGAUCUGUUGUUCCAGGAAAACUCCACAAUUGGCCAAAAAAUAGCUUUGACAGAGAAAAUUGUGGGAGUGUUACCAAAAAUAAAGUGUCCUCACAGAAUUGAACCACAUCAAAUACAGGGAUUGGAUUUCAUACAUAUUUUUCCAGUUAUACAAUGGCUAGUAAAGAGAUCAAUGGAAUUUAGACAAGAAAGGGCUGCUUUUGUCAGAUCCUAUGCUAUAAACCAAUUCAACAAAGACUUCCCCAUCCACAAUCAAACAAAAGAAACAGAAGAGAAGAUGUUAGAUAAUGUUAAAUGUGUAAAUGAUGUGUACAGACCUAACAGGUAUUACAAAAGGAAAAAUGCUCCACCACCUGAUAUUCAAUCUAGGGUUCAGAUUACAUUGUUAGAAUAUGGACACAGGGCUAAAUCUGAAAUAGCCCAAUUAAAUGACAAGGAGAGAAAAAAAGAGGAGGAAGAAAUAUUACAUAAUCAAGCUGAAGAGCGCAAAAUUGAUCAGCUUCUUAACAACUUAAUUGUAGCUAAAGAAGAGGUUCCAAAUUAUGAGGAUUUGAAUGAUGAAGACAAGGAGAAUUUGGCUAAACAUUAUGCAAUGCUGCAAUCUGAAUUGAAGGAUGGUGGUGCUAAAUCCAGAGAGCAAAACCACAUUGCUGCACUGGAGGAGCAAGGUAAAUUGUUGGCUGAAAGUAUACUUCAAAUGGAAAAAAGUAUUAAACUUAGUCAAGACAAUAUGAAAGAUGUUAAAUUAAAUUUGGAAGAAACAAGACUGAAACAGCAGGAGGCUGACAAAGCUUUAAAGGAAUUGGAGGAUAAUGAAGCAAAAGAUCCAGAGAGUGUUAAAGAAGUGGAAGAACUAGUCAUAUUAAACGAGAAUUUGCGAACUGAAGAAACUCAGUUUAGAGAACACUGCAAAGUGGAACUUGUAAGACUGCAGAAGUUAAUUGAAGAGUCCAAAAAUGCAAAGAGUGCAAGUGAAGAAACAACUAAUAUAGAAAAAGAAUUAGAAGAGGAGCAUGCCAAAGUUAAAAAUGCCAGAUUGCUGUUGGCCAAGAAAAAUCGUUCGGUUGCCGCACUUGAGCGUCAAAUGGACGAGGUACCGAACCGUGCGGAGUUGGCUCAGUACCAAAGACGAUUUUUGGAAUUAUAUAAUCAAGUCGCAGCCAAACACAAAGAAACUAAGCAAUAUUAUACUUUGUACAACAGUUUGGAGGACACGCGACUGUACAUGCAAAAAGAGUUGUCACUUUUGAAUUCGAUAUCCGAAAAUUAUCCAGAGGCGAUGCGUUCGAGCGCCGGCAAGGAAGAGUUUAUCGAACAAAUGCGCAAUGCGGUCGAAGGCGUGCGCCAUUCCCGCCUCAGGGCGGAACGCAACGUAGCUGAGGAGAGGGCGAAGCGCGAGCGACUGGGAACGUCGCUGCACGUGCUUGUCGAAACAGGAAGGAAAUACGUUGCGGCGUUACGACGUCUAGGCGUCGAAUGUCGACGACACGAGGCUGCGCUCGCUCAACAUAACACCUGAAUGAUAUCGGACAAUUCACGCUCAUUUUUUAUAUAUAAAUAAUAUUUAACACUCUAAAUGCUGCGUGUACCCCUGUAAUGGAACGAAAGAGUGCAAUAAUGUCUAUGAACUGAUGUUUCGUGCAAAAAUAUGUUUUUAUUGUUUUAUACAUAAAUAAAUGGUAUAAUCUUG